AUGUCUACAAUGGAUACCUUGGACAGUGCCACGUCUACACUGGGGCAGUCCAUUUCUCAGUCCAUCUCAACAGAAGCCAAUGGUGCCAACACCCACGGGACAUCUAAUGGUACUCUUACAGGUGCUGUUAAUGGGCAUCCCAAUGGUCACUCAAGUGAUCUUAAUAGUAGCCAUACUAAUGGUCAUAUCAAUGGUCAUGUCAAUGGUCAUCAAAACGGACACACAAACGGUGUCAACGGGAAUGGGGUGGCUCACUCUCCCAACCCGUCUUUGCCACAAAAGGAUUCUCCCGUCCCCAUCGCCAUCUGCGGCAUGGCACUUCGUCUUCCCGGCGGUUUGGAAAGUCCUCAAGAUCUUUGGGACUUUCUUCUAGCCAAAGGUGAUGCGAGAAGCCGCGUGCCUGAGUCCCGCUAUAACAUCUCAGCCUAUCACUCUGACUCGGGCAGGCCCGGGACCAUUGCAACUCAGUAUGGCUACUUCCUAGAUGACAACGUGAAACUUGGAAGCUUGGAUGCAGCCAGAUUCUCACUCAGCCGAGCUGAGCUUGAGUUCGCUGAUCCGCAGCAAAGACGUAUGCUCGAAGUUGUGCGUGAGGCCUUCGAUGACGCUGGAGAGAUAGACUUUAAGGGUCGGUCUAUUGGCUGCUAUAUGGGCAGCUACGGCGAGGACUGGCUCGAGAUGCAAAACAGGGAUCAUCAACAGUCUGGAGUGAACAGAGUCGAUGGCUACAGCGACUUUAUGCUCUCCAGCCGUAUCUCAUAUGAGAUGGAUCUCAAGGGCCCAUGGCAAAAUGGCAUAUGCGAGGCAGCGGUUAUUGGUGGGGCCAACUUGAUUAUGGCACCAGGCAUGACAGCCUUUAUGACUGAAAAGGGCGUCCUUUCACCUGAAGGCCACUGUCGAACCUUCUCUGCCGAUGCCAAUGGCUACGCCAGAGGAGAGGCUAUUACAGCAGUCUUUGUCAAGCCGCUCGAUGCUGCAAUCAGAGAUGGAAAUCCUGUACGAGCCGUAAUCAGAUCGGUUGUGUCAAAUAGUGAUGGCAAGACCCAAGGAAUCGCCCAACCCAGCACCGAAAGUCAGGAGGCCUUGAUGCGAAAGGCCUAUGCAGAUGCAGGCAUCGCUGACUUCUCCAAGACGGCCUUUGUCGAGUGUCACGGAACCGGAACCCCUGUAGGCGACCCGAUUGAGACCAAUGCCGUGGCCAGGGUCUUCGGUGAUGCUGGCGUCUACAUUGGCUCCGUGAAACCUAACUUGGGUCAUUCUGAGGGAGCUUCUGGCUUGACAUCCCUUAUAAAGGCGGUUCUUUCACUGGAAAACCGCACAAUUCCUCCGAAUAUCAAGUUUACUAGUGGCAAUCCGAAGAUUCCCUUUCGGGAAAGAAAGCUUACAGUUCCACUGGAUGCGGCACCCUGGCCAGAGGAUCGUCUUGAGCGAGUCAGCGUCAACUCGUUUGGAAUCGGAGGUUCUAACGCGCAUGCAAUUCUGGACUCGGCUCGAAGCUUUGGCCUGCCGCUCGAGAAGUUGGAUGUGACCACAAGCGGGGAGCUUGUCCAUGAUAAGAGCCAUCUUCUUCCCUUCUCUGCCUCGUCGUCGGCAUCACUUCAGGCUAUGACAACCAAGCUGCAGGCGUGGAUCGAGAAGAACCCCAGCAAGCUUGAGGAGCUGGCCUACACGUUGAGCAACCGACGAGAGCAUCUGCCACACCGAUCUUUCAUGGUGGCCAGUCUGAGUAAGAUCCCGGACGCAGCGUCCCAGGGUGUUCGAGCUGGCAAUACUCAACCCAAUCUUGUUAUGGUGUUCACCGGACAAGGUGCUCAGUGGCCCCGAAUGGGCCGUGAGCUGUUGCUACGCGAGGAUCUAGCGUUUCAGAAGAGCAUUAGAUCUCUGGACAAGCACUUACAAGACGUGUCCGGCGGCUUGGAAUGGACCAUUGAGGAGGAGCUUCUCAAACCGGCGAGGAAGUCUGGCGUUCAAAGAGCCGAGCUUUCCCAACCCUUGUGUACCGCUGUUCAGAUUGCUUUAGUGGACCUCUUUGCAUCUCUUGGUGUUGUUCCAUACGCAGUAGUCGGCCACAGCAGCGGAGAGAUCGCAGCAGCUUACGCAGCCAAGGGUCUUACGGCAAAGGAGGCAAUCGUGAUAGCCUGGCAAAGAGGGCUUGCGGCUAGAGGGCAGAAGCGACCUGGCGCUAUGGCAGCGAUUGGACUUGGUCGGAACGAGGUCCAAAAGUUUCUACCUGAGCCCCAAGUUGUCAUGGCCUGUGAGAACUCGCCUCGCAGUGUCACUAUUUCUGGAGACACGGACGCAGUCCAAUCCGCAGUCGAAGUUGUCCAAAAGGAGCAUCCUGGUAUCACGGCGAGAUUGCUCAAGGUUGACAAGGCCUAUCAUUCAUACCAUAUGGCCGAGGUCGGCGACUUGUACAUGGCCACUCUUCGAAAGCAUCUGCCAGAAUUUGUCGACCGAAAGGAGAAGCCUCGCGCAACCUCUUCUGAUGGUCCUUUGUUCUUCUCAAGCGUCAGCGGCACGGGUGAGGCCAUCAAAGCAGACGAGCUUGGCAGUACCUACUGGCAAAAGAAUCUCGAAUCUCCUGUGCUGUUCAGUGGUGCUGUUUCGGGAAUCAUUCUCAAUGUUCCUAAUGCCGUGUUCCUUGAAAUCGGGCCUCAUGCAGCCCUAGCAGGACCCGUCAGGCAAAUUAUGACGGCAGUCAGCAAUGGCUCAACCUCAGCAUCGCCGUAUUUCGGGGCCAUGACCCGUGGCGAGGACUGUGCAGAAUCUUUUUUGACUUCGGUUGGCCGAUUGUACGAGCUCAAUAUUCCCAUCGACUUCUCCAAGUUGACGACCCGGACAACUUCGCUUCCAGGGCUCCCUCACUAUCCAUGGGACCACGACGCGAAUUACUGGCGUGAGUCGAGGAUUUCCCACGAGUGGAGGUACCGCGAGUUCCCUGCCCAUCCGCUCCUGGGCAUUCGUCAGCUCGAGAGCACCACUUUGGAACCCAGUUUCAGAAACAUGCUCUUGAUUGACGAUGCUAGUUGGCUGCGGGAUCACUGCAUCGAAGACAAUGUCAUCUUCCCUUGCGCUGGCUACAUCUCCAUGAUUGGCGAGGCUAUCAGGCAGAUUAGCCCGCGUCAACAAGACCAUUCACCUAGAGAGAACGGAUAUACCAUUCGUAACAUGGUGCUCAACUCGGCAUUGGUUUUGACUGAAGGGACUCCAGUCGAGGUGGUCACUACAUUCCGUCCCCUACGCCUGACCGAUUCGCUGAAUAGUCAGUGGUGGACGUGGACAAUUGCCUCGCAUAACGGCCAUGUCUGGAUCAAGCACUGCAGUGGCGAGGCCAUGGCAGAAGAGCUAACACCUGAGCGACCUUCCACGCCCGCUGAAACUGAGCUGCUGCCACGCAAGGUAGAGCGACGAAAAUACUACGACGUACUUAGUCGAGCUGGUAUCGGUUAUGGCCCCAAGUUCCAGCGCCUGGAGGACAUCAGGACGGGGUCUCUGGAGAGUGUCUCAGCAGCGAGACUCUCUAGAAACCUUUGCGGCGACGAACAAUACUACCACUUGCACCCUGCCGUCAUCGACGCCUGUAUCCAAUCAGGCCCUCUUGCUGCUACCCAAGGCCAUAUCGAGGCAAAGCAUUACAGAAGAGUCCCUACCAAGAUUGAUCGGGUGAUUGUUCACCGAGUUGACCCAGAGGACGACAUGAGAGCUGUGGCCUCGGCAGUGUUUAUCAAGGGUAGCGGAGAGGUUAUCAGUCGUGUCAAAUGCAUCGCCAAUGACAAGAUUGUACUUGAUAUGCAGGGAGCAAAGCUUUCGCCUCUUGAGGAUGCAGAUGCUGCGGAAGCCCCUGUCGAGGAAGUGCCCACUGAGAAUGGUGGCAAAGCGGAAUCAGAAGUUGCUCCCAAGGCUCUAAGCGAGGAGCUGACUUCAAGCCGUCUCACGUGGUCGCCCCAUAUCGACUUCCUCGAUACUAGCACGCUCAUCAAACCCGAGGUUCCACGCCAUCUCUAUACACCUCUUCUAGAUAAGAUGGUUCGCAUGUGCUUUAUCUAUUCCCAACGACGCAUCAACUAUAUCAGAGAUAACAACCGGAUGAAGGAUACCCUGCCCGAGCACAUGCACAAAUACAUGCAGUGGAUUGACUCUCAAGUCAUGAAGGAGCCGGAAGAUACCCUGACCUCUCUGGAUGACUCAACUCUCCUGAACAGAAUAGAAAGCCUUAUAAAGCAGAUGGAGGGAACCCCCGUUGAGGACUGUGCAUCUUCCAUCGAGAAGGUCCUCAAGAACAUCGACGGUUUAUGCACUGGUACUACGGAUGCCCUAGAAAUGCUCCUCGCUGAUGGAACUCUGACCAAGAUCUACGUGGCUACAGAUGCCUGCGAUCGAUCAGAUUUUAUCCGCCACCUUGCACACAGCAAGCCCAAUCUGCGAAUCUUGGAGAUUGGAGCUGGCACGGGAGCUUCUACUGCCAGCAUGUUGAAGCACUUGAUCUUGCCGGUUGGACAGCCGCUGUACUUCAAGUAUACCUUCACUGAUAUCUCAGCCGGGUUCUUUGUUGCUGCGAAGGAGCGUUUCAAGGGCUAUCGAAACAUUGAAUACCGUGUUCUCGAUAUCAGCAAGGACCCCACCGAGCAAGGUUUUGAAGAUGACGAGAAGUAUGAUCUCGUUAUUGCGACCAAUGUUCUUCACGCAACUGCGAGCCUUCAGGAGACUUUGAGGAAUGUGCACAAGCUUCUCGACCACCGCGAUGGUAGACUGCUUCUUCAUGAGCUCGACAGUCCUUCCAAGUGGCCCAACUACAUUUUCGGUACGCUCCAUGGCUGGUGGUAUGGUACACCAGACGGCCGGCCAGAGCAGCCUUACGUGUCUCCUGCCCGCUGGGAAGAAGAGCUCGAGAAGGCAGGCUUUGAUGGUUUGGACGCCGUGAUUCGAGAUGCUGAGGAACCCCACCAGCUGAAUGCCAUCAUGGUUGCUCGAGUACGACCUCGAUCCAAGACCAACCAUAGGCCAAUUGUUCUACUCUGUGAUGAAGAAGAGCCCUUAGCGGAAACUAUGUCAUGCCAGCUCCAAGAGAGAGGUUACACCGUCAAUCGUCGCCAGCUUGGGCAAACACUGCCAGAUGAGUCUCAGGAUAUCGUCUCUCUACUGGAUGCCAGCACACCCUUCUUUGACGGUAUCAAUCAAAAUCGCUUCAAAGCCUUCCAAGGUAUCUUGGAAGGUCUUGGUACGUCUGGUGCAGGCAUGCUGUGGGUGACGCAUCUGUGCCAAGUUGGUUGCAAGGAUCCUAGAUAUGCUCAGAUCAUCGGCACUGUUCGCACUAUUCGCACCGAGUCGCUACUGGACAUUGCUACUUGCGAGGUCGACCAUCUCGAUAGUUCCCUCAACACUGUCAUAGACGUUCUUGACAGGUUCCAGGCGAGACCUCGAGUCGCGGACGAGUCUGAAGAGGGUGACGCACUAGACCUCAAGCCUGACUACGAGUAUGCCAUCGUCGAUGGAAUGGUCAAGGUUGGACGGAUCUACCCCUUCUCUCUCAAGAGUGAACUUACUGAGUCUGCAACGGAGCCAAGUGCUAGCUUGGUGGAUGGCACAAGGGUCUCCCUCUCUAUGACAAAGCCAGGCCGUCUGAGCACUCUUCACUGGGCAAAGGAUGGAGACGGCGAAAAACUCUUGGAAGGAGACGACGUUGAGAUCCAGAUCUUUGCUGCAGGACUGAACUUCAAGGACGUCUUGGGUGCCUUGGGCGUCGUGCCUUAUCCUGAGGCCGGGCUUGGUCUUGAAGGCGGUGGUGUUGUUCGCCGCGUCGGCCCUGAGGUCAAGGACCUCCAGCCCGGCGAUCGCAUCAUGUUCCUGGCCGAUGGAGCUUUUGCCAGUCAUGUCUUCACACCCGAAAGACUCUGUGAGAAGAUCCCCGCCGACUUGUCUUUUGAAGACGCAGCUACCAUGCCUGCUGUCUUUGCAACGGCGGUGUGUUCGCUCUUCAACAUAGGUGGCCUGCGCAAGGGGCAGUCAGUUCUCAUCCACAGCGCAGCUGGUGGUGUCGGCCUUGCGGCUGUGCAACUUGCCACUAUGGCUGGGGCCGAGAUCUAUGCGACAGUUGGCAACGAAGACAAGGCCAGAUAUCUUGUUGACAAUUUCGGUCUGUCGCGGAACCGCAUCUUCAACUCGCGUGAUGCAAGCUUCGUGGAAGGCUUGAUGAGGGAAACCAAUGGCCGUGGCGUGGACCUCUGUCUAAACUCGCUCUCCGGAGAGUUGCUUCAUGCAACUUGGCGAUGCGUCGCGGAAUUCGGUAAACUUGUCGAGAUUGGCAAACGUGAUUUCCUCGGCCACGGAAAACUCGAUAUGGAUGUGUUCCUCGCCAGUCGAAGUUACUGCUGCUUCUACCUGGACGCAGAGAUGGCCAGAAGACAGUCCUUGGUCAAGGAGCUUUUCCAAACAAUAAUACUGCAUCUUAGAAUGGGUCAUAUCAAGCCACUCACUCCUCGCAAGAUAUUCGACGCCUCGUCUGUACAGGAAGGCUUCCGCCACCUUCAGCAGGGUACUCAUAUUGGCAAGAUUGUCUUCUGUAUCCGCAACCUCGACGGAAGUAUCAAAGUCGACAUGAAAAAGGUCGCCAAGUCGACCCGCACGUUGGAGCUUGACAGCUCGGCAUCAUACCUCCUAGCGGGCGGCCUUGGUGGUCUCGGACAAGCUGUAGCAAGACAUCUCGUCGAGCAAGGCGCACGACGCUUGGUUUUCAUGUCUAGAAGCGCAGGCUCAGGUCCAGGCGAUAGCGACAUUGUUCGUGAGCUCGAGAGUAUGGGGUGCCAUGUCGAGCUAGUCAGAGGCAGUGUCGUCAGCCGAGAUGAUGUUUGUCGGGCUAUCUCUCAGGCUCCAAACCUCAAGGGAAUCAUCCAGGCUUCCAUGGUACUGCGUGAUGAUAAUUUCAUCCGCAUGAGCCUGGACCACUGGAACCAGGCUGUAGCGCCCAAAGUGGCUGGUACAUGGAAUCUCCAUCACGCCACUGUUGAGGCCGGCAUCAAUCUCGACUUUUUCGUCCUCUUCUCGUCCAUGUCCGGUGUCACAGGUCAGGCUGGACAAGCCAAUUACGCCGGUGCAAACUCCUUCCUGGACACGUUUGUCCAGUACAGGACUGGUUUGGGACUCGCAUGCUCAGCUCUGGAUAUCGGUGCUGUGCAGGACGUUGGAUACGUGUCACAAGACGAGGCUCUACUCAAGAGGAUGAAGGCCGUCAGCGCUCAUGGUAUCACUGAGCCAGAACUCCUCGAGGCCCUUACGGCUGCGAUUUUGAUCCCGCAGGCAGGCACAAGCGCCAGCACUAAGAACGAAGAGUACAUCGAUAGAUGCACCAUUGGUCUCGGUCUUUCGACAAAGAUUCCCCUCAACAGCAAGGAGAGCAGGGCCUUCUGGCGUAAAGAUCGCCGUAUGGCAGUGUAUCACAACAAUGCCAGCAAGUCAGCGGCUGACACAGCGGGUUCUAGUGGAAGUGAUGGUCUCAAGUCCUUCUUGGCCCGCGCCAAAGCUGACACUUCAAUCCUCAAGACGGAAGAAUCGUUCAACCUGCUUGCCAUAGAAAUCGGCAAGAAGCUUUUCGGCUUCCUUUUAAGGUCGGACGAGGACUUGAAUACGACAGUGCCGCUGUCACAGCUUGGCAUGGACUCACUCGUGGGCGUGGAAAUGCGCAGCUGGUGGAGACAGGCGUUUGGUUAUGAUAUUAGUGUGCUCGAGUUACUAGGUACAGGAAACUUGGAUGGACUUGGACGGCAUGCCGCUGAGGACCAAGAUAUGACCCUCAACAAGUCUUGCGGCCAGUGCAGGCUACGAAAGGUUCGGUGCGUUGUGCCGCCCCCGAAGCCGAACUCAGACCCGGCAACUCAAACCAUCUGCGUCCACUGUUCUAACCGCAACGAAGCUUGCAAUUUUAGCAAGUUCAGGCGCAGAGCUGGGGUCAAAGUAUCCUCGAAUUUACUAUUUCCUAACUCCCUGGUCGAUAACGCCAUCACUACCGAUAAUGAGCUUUUUGUUGAUAAAAUCCUCCGAUGCGGCCCUCAAGAUGUCGUCCUAUGCGACGAAUCUACAGUAGUACCUGAUAAUAUAGUUCCAAGCUCAACUGUAACAUUCUUCUCCGAAAAUAGAAUCACAUCGCUGGCCGACAGGCUCGGUACUGAAAGCUUACGGGAGCUUGUGACAAAUCUCGAUGGCCUCAUAAAACAACGUGUCUGCCAAAGACAGACUUCACAAGCAGAAGGGAUCAAUUUCCGAGAAGCCGACCCUGUGAGGACCGAACCUCAAAUGGUACAAGCUUUCAUCAAAGCUUUCUUUACGAACGUCCAUCCUGUCUAUCCUUUUCUUAACCAAUCAGAGUUCAUUUCGCAAGCUACAGAUGCAUACAUCGAUGAUGUGUUGCAUAUUAACCCUGCAUUUUGUGCACUCUAUCAUGCUGUUCUAGCUCUCGGCAGCCAGUUCUUUCAUUGUGGAAGCUUUGUACCUCACCAAGAUCAGGCAUGGGAGCUAUUCCAAGUAUCACUUGGGAAGAUGUCAGAAAUACUAGCACCACCGAUUGGACUGAUGAAUCUUCAGGCACUAACAGCAAUGUCGAUAUUCUCCAUGAAUGCUUGCUGUCUUCAACUCGACCAAACACUUAUCUCUGAAGCUGCGAGAAUGGCCCAAGCAUUGAAAUACCAUAAAUCUCGCAAUUCUGAUGCUACUCAAAUCAAGUCAUUCUGGACCGUCUACUUCAUUGAGAAGUUGUCGGCCUUCUCAGAAAGCCAAAGCUCAAUAUUGGUGGACGAAGACAUCGGUUGUGUUAUCCCUGUCUCCCCUGAGUCAGUAUUCGGGGACUACGACUGGUUCACAUCCGCAAUUCGUCUGGCCAGAAUCUCCUCAAUAGCAUUCUCAGAACUCUUUUCAGUCAGCGCUUCUUUUAAUUCCAGAGCAGUGCUUGCCACUGGUAUCAGGCGCAUACGACAUCUCCUAGAUGGUUGGCGAAUGUCCAUACCUCCGUUCUUUAGACCAGGAGAGGCUAUCCAGUAUAAUGGCGAUCUGACUGCGAGCAUGAAGCUAGUGUUGUUGCAGACUCAGUACGCGUAUUACAACAUUGUUUUCGGCUUAGAGAGGUUGACUCUCCAUUUAAACAUGGACGAAACAAACAUUCGUGAAGAAAGCGAGAAAAAUCUGAUAAAUGCUGCUCGUACAGUUGCAGAGCUUGUUGUCUUUAUUGAUUUCGAGCCUCAUAUCCCAAUCUUCGUUUCUGGUAUAAUGCCGCUAUCUGCGCUGUUCAUUCUCUUUGACCACGUCAUCCACAAUCCAUGCCAUACCAGGACAGAAGAGAAUAUUACCCUUCUUGAUACCGUUUCGCGUUACUUCGCUGUCAUGGAUUCUAUAUCAAUAGGGGCAUUACCAGGCAGCAUAAUUUCUGAAUUUGCCAGCAUUGCUCGACAAUACGUCUCAAAGGUUCGAGAAGGGACGUUUGACAAGAACCCAGAUGGUUUACAUGUGCCUACAUCAGCUGAGUGGACAGCUGAUAAUUCUACAAGCCUAGAUAAUUCUUUAUCAAGUUAUCUAAGCUCAGAUAACAACAUGUCUAAGAAGGAGGAAGAUCAACUAAAGGAACUAUUUAGGGAAGCUUUCCCGGAUUGGGGAAACAUUUCCUUCUAA